AGGGGUUUACCUUUAGUAGUCAAUGGGAGUCCUUAAAGUCUUACAAGAUCUCAAUGGAUCACGGUACCAAGUAUUCCUCGUGGUUGCUACACUAAUCAUCCUAUUGAAUGUCAGCUAUUUGUACGUGAUAGAGGCUCAGCCAGAUAAAUCUUUUCCAUCGAUUUCUUCCAAUCUUCGGCCACAGACUGACAUGACCUCUGAGAAGUACAUUAACGUUCUCGACAAUCCAGAAGUCAAAGCAAGCAAAACCGAUGUAAUAAAAAAGGCCAUAGCCCAGAUUAAAGCAGAAAAUGAAGAUCGAAUCAUCAAGGUAUUGGAAAAAGAGGUUCGUAGUAAAAAUGAAGCCAGUAUUUUGACAAAGGUCAAACUCACAUUGAAGCGCCAGAUGAUCCGGAAAAUGUUCAGACAAGACGUGAUGUCAGGUCGGUUGAUGGACGACAUGAAACAAAAGUAUUUAUCUGACAAUGAGCAUUUGAUGAAAUCCUUUAUCACCAAGGACCUCAUACAGGGGUUGAAACAAAAAGAAGAAUUUAAAAAGUUUGAUGAUCCUGCUUUGAAACAGUUGGCAAAGCUACUAGAGGAACAAUUAGCUGACAGAGCAAAGAACACAGUAUUUUUCCAGUACAUUCUUGAAGAGCUCAUAGGGGCUCACGACCCCAAAGUAAAAAUCGAACUUCACCAGAUACUGGAGAAUAUAAUACCUACUUAUAUCAAUAAUCCAGAUGCAAAAAACCUGAUCACAUUGAAGGAUUUAAGCAGAUUAAAAUUGAAAGACCAACAGAUUGAAAGCUUGCAACAGAGCCACGAUCGUCUUGUGAGACUCUUAACCACCUUAGAAGUUCCAAAGGAGCUGGUUUUUUCAGGCGAUGGUAUAGUGAUAAACACUGGAGAUAUUGGAAUUGGAUCGGUGUUGGUGUUAGUACUGCAACUUCGUAACACCGGUUCAGUAUUACCGAUUGAAGUGGUUAUGAAUACAUGGAAAUCAGCUGAUAAAAAGAUCUGUGACGAAAUUCUUCCUCAGUUCAACGCAAAGUGUAUUUUCAUAGAUAGGGCUAUUCCUAAAAUGUCCAAGUCGCUUCCCCAGAAGUUGGAAAAGUUCCAGUAUAAAGUGAUCGGGUUGUUUAUUUCUUCUUUUGAAAGAGCCAUUGUUUUGGACUCAGAUAAUUUACCGAUUGACAAUGUUGAUACUCUUCUCUAUUGCCAGGAAUUCUUAAAGACGGGUUUUUUGCUUUGGCCCGAUAUUUGGUUCAAGUCAACCUCUCCAGAGUACUAUAAUAUUGCCAGGUUUGAGGUUGGUGAACCCGUAAGAAGAGAUGGUUUAUCAAAUAAUAAGGGCUUUGCUCAAUAUGUUUCAUCCGGGAAGAAGCAUCUGAAUGUUGCUUUCCAUGAUUUAGAUGGCUUACCGAGUGCAGGAACAGCUGAAACUGGGCAAUUGGUUGUAAACAAACGGAAACAUAUUAGGUCAUUGAUUUUGACCCUAUACUAUAACAUUUAUGGUCCAAACUGCUACUAUACUCUUUUUUAUCAAGGUGGUGCUGGAAUUGGCGACAAGGAUACAUUUGUACCAGCUCUUCAUGUGUUCAAUGAACCAUAUAGUAUGGUUGACAAAAGCACUGACCUUUUGGGUUUCAAAUCAGGGGUUAAUAUGGAUGGAGAGUUUGUGGAUACUACUUUGAUUCAGUAUGCACCUACUUCUGCCAAAUAUCAUCUCAUAGAGUGGAAGAAAUGGCUCAAGACCAAGGAUCUCGAUACCCGACUUAGUCCAUUCCAAGACAAUGAUUAUACCAGAAACUUAUACAAGCAGUUUAUGACCCACUGUAAAAAGCUUAUUGAAGUCGAAGAAGAGUUAGAUGACAGCUCAAUAAAAUUGAAGCCUUUGUUUUUGCACAUCCAUAGACCUAAGAUUAACCCAUUGGAGAAUUAUAACAGCUUGGGGAUCCGAGACAAAAGGAUCUUAGGAAAAAAGGAAGAGUAUGUACCCAAGCUUGGGGAAGACUCUGACUGGGAGUUACAUUUUCAUUCAUUAUCCAAAUGGAUAGCAUGCGAUCUCCUCAAGGAUUCUCAAAUCUUUGCUACUUUUGAACUAGAUCAAGCGGCUGUGUGCGAUGGUAUUUCCAAGCAUGUGGACUAUUUGAAGGCCACUUCAUGGUUCCACCCGUCCGAAUUUGUGGGAGAUGUGGUAACCUUAAACAGUCCUCAGGAUGAUCAGACUUUACCAGCCAAAGUUGAGACAGAAGACGAAGAUGUUUAAAAGGAGUAAAAUUUGCGGAAAGAAACCAAAAACAAAGGCUCUCAAAAGUUAGAUCCUGGAAACCUGGCAAAGUAACAUUUUCUUACUUUAACAGAAUUUGUAUAAUAAUAGAUCAAUAUUCUCAAC